AUGGCUGAGGAAGACUUGGACGGAUACCUGGAGCAACUAGAACACGAAUACGACAGCUUGGAAAAGCUCAUUGCAGAACUGGACGAGUCAGAAACUGCAGGCAUCAAGAUCAAUGUCAUCCGUCAGAGGAUAUUAAAAAUUAGAGAUAUCCUCAGGAAGAUCAUUCGCCACAGGAAGGCGCCCUGUGACACACGGCAUCUCGUUCCCUACGCAGUCUGGCCUGGACUCUCUGGACCUCGAGUGGACGGCCCUCAAAGAGACAAGCUUUUCUCAGAGUUAGACGAGCACAAAAUACAAAGCGAAAAGUUCACAGUCAUCUACCCAAAAAUGCACCAAAUAAAUCGGCUGACGAGGAACCUGAUAUAUCGAUGGAAACACAGGAAGGCUGAGGAGGAGGAGGAGCCACCAGCGGCCUCCUCCACCGCUGCUCCCAAUGUCGUACAGCCGCCGGGUCUCUCCGAACAUCAAAGUAAAUCUCCAGGUCUUUCUUCUCAUCCUCCUCCAGUUCUCACUGCGUCACAUUCGCCCCCUGAUUCUCCUUCUUUUACCACUAACCCUCCUCCCUCUUCUGUUUCUCCUCCUCUUCCCUCUCCUGUCUCUCCCUCUUCCCCCUCCACUGUUUCUACCCCUCCUACCUCACUUGUUUCUCCUCCUCCCUCCCCAGUUUCUCCUCCCCACUCUCAUGUUUUUCCUCCUCCUCUCUCCCCUGUUUCCCCCCCUCACCCCUCCCUUAUUUUUUUCCCUCCUCUCUCCCCUGCUUCUCCUCCUCCUCUCUCACCUGUUUAUCCCCCUACUCCCUCCCCUGUUUCUCCUCCUCCCUCCCUGGUUUCUUCUCCACUCUCCCUUGUUUCUCCUCCUCCUUCCUCCCCUGUUUCUCCCCGUCCUCUUCCCCCUGUUUCUCCUGAAUCCCCUUCUCUUCCUACUCCUCCACCUUCCUCUGUCUCCCAUACUCCUGAAUCCCCUUCUCUUCCUACUCCUCCACCUUCCUCCACCCCUCCUACUCCUGAAUCUCCUUCACCUCCUACUUUUUCCCUCUCUCCUUCUCCUCCUCCUAAUGCUCCACCCCCUCCCUCUCCCCCUCCUGUCUUCAUUAUGGCUGAGGAAUUAGACCACGAAUAUGCCAACUUAGACAAGCUUUUCUCAGAGUUAGACGAGCACAAAAUCCAAAGCGAAAAGUUCACAGUCAUCUACCCAAAAAUGCACCAAAUAAAUCGGCUGACGAGGAACCUGAUAUAUCGAUGGAAACACAGGAAGGCUGAGGAGGAGGAGGAGCCACCAGCGGCCUCCUCCACCGCUGCUCCCAAUGUCGUACAGCCGCCGGGUCUCUCCGAACAUCAAACAACUCUUUUCUCUGAUUCUUCUCGUUCUUCCCCAUUCUUCUCCUCCUCUAACUGGGCCAUUAAUGAGCUGGAACAAAUGGAGGAACUUGAAAUGCUUGCCAUUCAGAACAUCAAAAGGGUUUUCGAGUCAUUGAAAUAUCCAAAUGGAUUGCUGAUGGAAGGCAAAACGGAGGGAUAUCAUCCUUCUCUCUUAACUUCUUCUUCUCCGCUCUCAGCAUCAUCUUCUCCUCUCUCAGCAUAA